AUGAUUGCUCUCUACGCCAUCAAUUUCUACAUUCUGCUCAUGCUUUUGAUACCGUCCACGCCUGCGAACGGAGAGAAAGUGGGCACCGGAAGCAGUUUGUGGUGUGUGGAGGGCGAGAAGAAGGUGUUUACUCCGGUGCAGUGUCCGGCUGAAACGACCGAGUGCUUUAAGUUCACUUGCGAAGGAAUCGAGCGUGAGUUCCUCCGAUUUGCUCACCUUUCCCAUCGUCUCCAUGUUCAGAAGCGUUCGUAGCUCGUGGUUGCGGCCUCUCCGUGCUCAAAUCGGCCGCCGGCCUUCCCAACGAAUCUUGCCAUCAAGCUCAAUCAAUUUGUGAAUACGUGGGGGGUGUCUCCAAUUGUUAUACGUGUAACAACAAGCAUAUGUGCAACUCAUUUCCCAAUUUUUCAGUUCUAUUCAUAG